AUGUCCCAUAACAACUACUUGCCCCAUUUUCUUUCUUCAAUGACACACAACACACUCUCUAUAAUUAAUAUAGGGAUAGUACUAGUGGUGUUAGUUUUGAGUUUUGGAAUUGGAAGUGCACAACAAGUACCUUGCUAUUUUAUAUUUGGAGACUCUUUGGUUGAUAAUGGUAACAACAACCAGCUCACUUCAAUUGCAAAAGCUAAUUAUGCACCUUAUGGAAUUGACUUUCCUGGCGGACCAACUGGAAGAUUUUCUAAUGGCAAAACUUCUGUUGACGUAAUUGCUGAGCAAUUGGGAUUCAACGGUUACAUAUCGUCGUAUGCAUCGGCUAGAGGCCGAGACAUACUAAGAGGAGUCAAUUAUGCUUCGGCAGCUGCUGGAAUUAGAGAGGAAACUGGACAACAAUUGGGACAAAGAAUUAGUUUUAGAGGUCAAGUGGUAAAUUACCAAAGGACAGUGUCUCAGUUAGUAAAUAAUUUUGGAGAUGAGAAUACUACCGCGAAUUAUCUAAGCAAAUGCAUUUAUACAAUUGGAUUGGGAAGUAAUGAUUACCUUAACAACUAUUUCAUGCCUCAAAUCUAUUCUAGCAGUAGACAAUUCACACCACAACAGUAUGCUAAUGUUCUUCUUCAAGCAUAUGCUCAACAACUCAGGAUUCUAUAUAACUAUGGAGCAAGGAAAAUGGCAUUAUUUGGAGUUGGUCAAAUAGGUUGCAGUCCAAGUGAAUUGGCUCAAAACAGCCCAGAUGGUAGAACAUGUGUAGCUAGAAUCAAUUCUGCAAAUCAGUUAUUCAACAAUGGAUUAAAAUCUCUGGUUGAUCAAUUCAAUAACCAAUUUCCUGAUGCAAGAUUCAUCUAUGUAAAUGUUUAUGGUAUCUUUGGAGACAUCAUAAACAACCCAUCAGCCUAUGGUUUCAGAGUAACAAAUGCUGGAUGCUGUGGCGUAGGAAGGAACAAUGGCCAAAUUACAUGCCUGCCCCUACAACCUGCAUGUAGGGAUAGAAAUGGGUUCUUAUUUUGGGAUGCAUUUCAUCCAACAGAAGCUGGAAACACAGUUAUUGGUAAAAGAGCUUACAAUGCUCAAUCUCCAUCUGAUGCUUACCCUUUUGAUAUCAAUCGCUUAGCACAAAUCUAA